CGAGCAGGCCACGCCCCGCGUCCGUUCCGAUUGGCUCAAAGCCGGCGGCUCCGGUUCCUCAUUGGUCACCCCUUUCCCAUUGAAUCUCCUCCACCUUUACUUUGUCAAUUUCUGCGCUUUCAUUGAAUUGCGCUGCAAAAGCGGCAUCGACCUAAAGCCCGCAGCAAUCCCGGCACGACAACGUACGCUCCCGUCCCUUAACGGAUGAGGACUACAUCAGCGGGCCGGCUUAUUACCAAACGUUUGGACCGAAUACGCGCUUACGCUGGAAGAAGUGAGAACCGGCGCCGCGGGAGAGAGGUUUCCCGUCGCAGAAGCGUCACUUCUCUGUAGUUGGCUAAUGAUUUUUUUAUCAAUUCCCAACUUGUCUUAAUCCACCGAGGGCAAAACCCAGCGAUGUUAAGACUUCAGGACGCUCAUGAGAGUUUAAUUUCGUCGUUUUAUCUGUGAAUUUCGACACCAGGCGCGCCGCAACCGCUCACUGCGAGGAUUAAAAACCGAUAUUUGUGGUUUUAACGAAAGGAGGUACAAUGCCGGACCAGAUCACAGUCGCGGAGUUUGUGGCGGAGACGAAUGAAGAUUAUAAAUCGCCCACCGCCUCAAACUUCACCACUAGAAUGACUCACUGCAGGAAUACCGUAGCCGCACUGGAGGAGGCCCUCGAUGUGGACCGCAGUGUCCUUUACAAGAUGAAGAAGUCAGUUAAGGCCAUUUACGCCUCCGGUCUGGCUCACGUGGAGAACGAGGAGCAGUAUACUCAAGCUCUGGAGAAGUUUGGAGAGAACUGUGUGUACCGAGAUGACCCUGACUUGGGAUCAGCCUUCCUGAAGUUCUCAGUCUUUACAAAGGAGCUCACAGCUCUCUUCAAGAACCUGUUUCAGAACAUGAAUAACAUCAUUACCUUCCCAUUGGACAGUCUGCUCAAGGGAGAUCUGAAAGGGGUUAAAGGGGAUCUCAAGAAGCCAUUUGAUAAAGCCUGGAAAGACUAUGAGACGAAAGUCUGCAAGGGACAUUCUUUACUGAAAGGUUCUAAAAUCGAGAAGGAGAAAAAAGAGCACGCCCGACAGCACGGAAUGAUCCGGACGGAGAUCAGUGGAGCAGAGAUAGCGGAGGAGAUGGAGAAGGAGCGCCGUUUCUUUCAGCUUCAGAUGUGUGAGUACCUCCUCAAAGUCAAUGAAAUCAAGAUCAAAAAAGGUGUCGACUUGCUUCAGAAUCUCAUCAAAUACUUUCACGCACAAUGCAACUUCUUUCAGGAUGGUCUCAAAGCGGUGGACAACCUCAAACCCUCAAUAGAGAAACUCGCUACAGACUUGCACUCGAUCAAACAGGUACAGGAUGAAGAGCGCAGGCAGCUAACCCAGUUACGGGACGUGCUAAAGACCGCUCUGCAAGUGGAGCAGAAGGAGUCUAGGAGAGACUCGCAGGUUAGGCAGAGCGCCACCUACAGUCUGCACCAACCCCAGGGUAACAAAGAACACGGGACGGAGCGCAGCGGGAACCUUUACAAGAAGAGUGACGGGCUGAGGAAAGUGUGGCAGAAGAGAAAGUGCACGGUGAAGAAUGGUUAUUUGACCAUCUCGCACGGGACGGCUAACAGACCUCCUGCCAAACUCAAUCUUCUCACCUGUCAAGUGAAGCACAACCCAGAGGAGAAGAAGAGUUUCGACCUCAUCUCCCAUGACAGAACGUAUCAUUUCCAGGCGGAGGAUGAGCCGGAGUGUCAAAUAUGGAUCUCAGUGCUGCAGAACAGCAAGGAGGAGGCGCUCAACAACGCCUUUAAGGGUGACCAGCAUGUAGGAGAGAACAACAUUGUGCAGGAGCUGACCAAGGCCAUCCUGGGAGAGGUCAAGCGGAUGGCGGGCAACGACGUCUGCUGCGACUGCGGAGCUCCCGGCCCCACGUGGCUCUCCACAAACCUGGGCAUCCUGACGUGCAUCGAGUGUUCAGGGAUCCACCGGGAGCUGGGCGUUCACUACUCCAGAAUCCAGUCACUAACGCUGGAUGUUCUCAGCACCUCGGAGCUCUUGCUGGCCAAGAACGUGGGGAAUGCUGGGUUUAAUGAGAUCAUGGAAGCUUGUCUGACAGCGGAAGAUGUAAUCAAACCCAAUCCAGCCAGUGACAUGCAGGCGAGGAAAGACUUCAUCAUGGCUAAAUACACAGAGAAACGCUUUGCUCGUAAGAAGUGUCCAGACGCGCUGUCCAAACUGCACACGCUCUGUGACGCUGUGAAAGCCCGGGACAUUUUCUCUCUCAUACAGGUCUACGCUGAGGGUGUGGACCUCAUGGAGCCCAUUCCUCUGGCCAAUGGCCAUGAACAAGGUGAGACGGCGCUUCAUCUGGCCGUGAGGCUGGUGGACAGAACCUCCCUUCACAUCGUGGACUUCCUCACCCAGAACAGUUUAAACCUGGAUAAGCAAACGGCUAAAGGAAGCACGGCGCUGCACUACUGCUGCCUGACGGACAACAGCGAGUGUCUCAAACUGCUGCUCAGAGGAAAAGCCUCUAUCGACAUCGCUAACGAGGCUGGCGAGACGCCGCUGGACAUUGCCAGGAGACUCAAACACCUGCAGUGUGAGGAACUGCUGAACCAGGCGCUUGCUGGGAAGUUUAACGCUCAUGUGCACGUGGAGUAUGAGUGGAGACUUCAGCACGAAGACCUGGACGAGAGCGACGAAGAUCUGGACGGGAAGUCGAGUCCUCACCGGCGGGACGAGAGGCCCAUCAGCUGCUACACCCCGGGCAGUAAUUCCCUUCAGCCCAGUCCGGCCAGCCUGCCACGAGACGCUCGAGACAUGGUCAAAGACAAGCAGCGCUUUGUGCCCAACCUGGUCAACAACGAGACCUACGGGACCAUCAUCAACACCAACUCGCCGGUCGCCCUGUCCACCUCCGCUCCACCUCUGCCACCACGAAAUUUAGUUCAGCCGUCUGGUCUUGCUGGAAUGGCUCAGGGAUCUCCCGGCUGGAAACCUGGCUCCCUAGACCUGACCGGCAGGCAGCGAUCUUCCUCUGACCCCCCCAACAUGCAUCCUCCAGCGCCGCCCUUACGGGGCACAUCCACGUCCCUCCUUCUUCCCAGCGGAGCUCCUCAUUCUGUGUCUAAAACCGGCAGCAUGAUGGAGGCCAUGACCAUACAACCCAAACCCGGACAGGGGCCGCCCGCUCAGAACAUCGGCCGGGCUACAAGCGCGGACAAAACCUUCAGUAAAAGCACGCUGAUGCGCUCCGGAUCCAUCGAGAGACCGGGUAGAUGUCAGAGAAACCACGUGGACUCUAAAGAAGUUCCUGGAGGCUCCCAAAACGCCGCCGGUCAAGCUCUAGCUGCUACGCACAUGCCCAGAAAAACGUACCUGAGGCCGAAGCGCGUGAAGGCCUUGUAUAACUGCGUGGCUGAUAACCCCGACGAGCUGACGUUCUCCGAGGGAGAGGUGAUCGUGGUGGACGGUGAGGAGGACCAGGAGUGGUGGCUGGGCCACAUCGAGGGAGAGCCAAUGAGAAGAGGAGCAUUUCCCGUCACAUUCGUGCAGUUCAUCAUGGACUGAAGUUCAGAGAUCAUAGACACCGAGUCGGACCUCUCUGCUUCUGCGUGCUCUCACUGACCAUCAUCAUCUCCAUCAUCAUCGUCGUCCUCGUCCUCUUAGUCGCGAGGCUUGCGUCUCUAUCGAGCUUCCGAAAUCCCUGGCUUGAAUAUAACGGCUUCUUAGGCUCUUUGUUUUUGGUUUGUGGACCAGAUACGAUUCAAUAAAGGCACCUUUAACCUAAUCUAUCAUGACCACAAUUCCGACGACAAAAUGAAGGUUUUACUCCGAGAUCUUUCACGUCCUUAUUCAUUUUAGACGGAUGGCUCUGCAGCGUACUGUUGUUUUUUGAAGUACAUAGAUCUGUAAAUAUGGUCUUAUAUGUCCGCAUUCCAUGGUUGGCAAGGAAAGGCAGAAGGAUGAUCAAGAACAUUGCUGGCUUUUGAGGACUCGCUUGGAAAAAAGCUUCGUCAACGGUGCUAAACCAGGAAUAUGCUACGAGAGCCGUCUGUCCUCCGAUGUCCCCGUUUCACGCUACCUGCCCCAGUGCUGAGUGUAUAAAUAGGCCGCCCAUGGCUCGCACACGGGACAUAUCUGAAGUGCACUGUGUGGAUGAGAGACUGAGAAACAGACGGACACGAGAGUGCUUUGUGAUGGCUGAGGGACGUGGCGACCGAAUGAAAGUAAUCUUGACCCUGUGCCUGCUGGGAGACUGUCUGCACGAACACUCGGAGCAUCAAGGAGCUUUAUUUCUGUAUAGAUAUUUAUAAUUUGGAGCUGCCCUUCUGUGUUCUUGAUUUAGAUGCUCUUAUUGAUUUGAACGCUCUUGUGCAGGAGAGGCCUUGAGAGGUCUGUGGAACGCUGGCAUUAAUCAACCGAUCAACCAAAAAUGAGAAUAAGGUCAUUUCUUUACCCUCAUGUUCUUUCAAAUGCAUUUUUUUAAAUAACGGGAACUGUGGAGGUUGUGCACCAUAAUGAGCUUCAUGCUAGUUUCCUACAUUUCAAAUCUAAUGAAGUAACUACUGUAACUUUGUGUGAGGUAGAGAUCAUUUAAAUGGAUUUUUUUUAAAAGUUGUUAAAAACCUGUAUGAGUUAUUUGGAACACACAAGAUACAAUUAGAACCAAACAACAUUGGAGUCUAUUGACUUCUAUUGUAAAGACAAAAAUAACUUAUUUUGAAUAAUAAUAAUAAAGUCAUACAGGUUUGAAUGAGAUAGAAUUUACAUUUGUGUGUAAACUACACUCAGAGUCUUAGUAACUAAAACUGAGCUUGUGGUUUAAUAUCUCAUUCAGAUCAGAUAUGCUCUGGCAAGACAUGCCAAACCAGUUUUAUGAAAAGCAAACUUUAUAAACAACUUAUGUCAAACUUGGCACAACAUGCAAAGUUUGCAUGAGAUUUAUGCUUAAAGGGGAAGAUAUUGAGUGAAUAAUAUUUUUACCCAUUUUUUUUUGUUUUGUUUUUAAUCUCAACAUAUGAGUUCUGGGUACAUGCAGAUUAGCACAAAAAAUUAAUUUUUUAAAAGCUUGACAGGUUUGUUGCCAUUAUGGGAAAAGGCACCCGUGGCAUUUUUAAAUAUUAAUCCUGGCUGGUUCUGUGGAAGAUAAAAAGGUUUGAAAUAUGAAGGUAAGCAAAUGGAUGUGAGCAUUUUCAUUUCUGGGUGACCUGUCCUUUUUAAAACGCUCUUACCUUUCUUCAGCGUGCACAACAGUUACAUAUUGAAUAGAGUUUUACCUCAAAAACCUAGUCAUUUUGAACAAGAAUCCUGUCUCUCCGCCAACCGGGAGGAUGUUCCCAGAGUCUCCCAGCUUUGGUUGGCCAGAUGGGUGUUCCCUGCACCAGUAAUAACUCUGCGCCUCUCUAAUUGUAUUCCAUAGGAAAUUAAAAUCCCUCAUGUCAUUUUCCCUCGACACUUCUCUUAAUCCUUUCUAAAGCUUUGAAAUGCUCAUCCGUCUGUAACUGUGUGCAGGAGCGCCGCGGCGGAGCGUUUUGUGUCAGUGUUUGAUGUGGUUGCAGAGCAACUUAAUAGAGUCUGUUAUGUAACUUUUAAUUACAGUCAUGUUAGUCUUGAUUGAGCUUGGACCAGAGUGACCUGUAACUCGGGCAGUGCUUGGAUGUAAUUAUCCGUGUUUAGCUCCCUGUAUAGAGUCGGCACCUGGGCCGGCUGUGAUUGUAGAUAAAUGUAGACUUUGCUUUGUGCAUAUUUAAUUGUAAACAGAGAGCUGAACUGAUAAGGUUUUGACGUAUUGUUAGAUAAGACUGUUACAGUACACUUUUAACUAAGAUGAAAACCACCUCUAUUCACCUGUUUACCAUAAACUCCAUUGAUGCUAAUAUAUAAAUAUAUACAUACGCGUUCAAAUAAAUGGGAAAACUGGAAUUAAAAAUGGA